UGUAUCGCUCUGUAUAUAUAACUCCACCAUGUUUGCUUCUACGUUGCUAUACGGUCUUCAAAAGAUGUCAAUUGUGCGCUGCGGCGACACUACUGGUAUUAUCAAGGGUUGUAUUAUCGGUUUAGGUCGCAAUCGCCACGGCACUGGUAAGAUUGGUGACCGCAUUAAGGUAUCCGUUCGUGCCAAGACUGCUGAGUGUACAUUUAGCAACAAAACACCUCGCGGUAUAAUAAUUCGUCGCCGCAAGGAAACUAUGCGUCGCGACGGCAUGAUGUUCAAGUUUGACGAGAAUGCUUUUGUUGUAAUUGCUAACAACAAACUAGUCGCAUCUAAGAUCCGCGGUCCAGUUUUGCUGGAAACCCGUCACGCCUGCCGUAAUAUGGCAAAUCGCAUAUUUUAACAGUACUACAUAAAUGAAGCU